AUGGAUUAUAUACCUCGCCGCGUCGACACAUCUCGACACUUCAGGUGGCAUAAACAUACACUACCAGCAAGACACGCAGUAAACCACCUCCAACACUCCCACCCAACCAACCGAAACACCCCUCAAGACCUCCAACAAAACACCCGACCUCGACAACACCAGCAUGUCGUCCGACUCCUUCCAAGCUCCGCUGAGCUCUUCAACAUCACCGGCAUUUCGCUCGAGAAUUUCGACACCACCGUCACGGCUGCCGACUUGGCUUUCCUCGCUGAGAUCGACGCCGCCGCAGUUGAGUACGCCCAGGGCAAAUUCGUCCUUCCCGGACGCACAGGCCUGGCCAACCUCGACGAACUCAUCGCAGGCUUUGUCCGCAAUGGUCCAGACUCAGAGGAAGGGCGCAAGGUGUGUAACUUUCUCGGGUUGGAGUACUUGAUCGAUCCCCCCCCAAAGCCUGCAGGCCUGGAGAAGCUGAUCAAGGGGACCUGCACGCUCCAAGGCCAGGACUGGAAGAGGUUUACGCUUUACACCGAUCCGAAUGAGCCAGGACCAGACAGCGGAACCAACCGGCCCACCAUCACCCGGCGCCACGAUACGGUCAUCAAGUUCUUCGUCCUGGUAUGCGAGCGGUGGUACAACAUGGCCGCCAGGGCGACUCAAGCCGGAUACCAGCUCGACCACGCGGUGAUGGAGGCCAACUGGCUGCCAAUCAUGGCCGACCUGGUAGCGUAUGGCGAGAUCGCGGACGGGAGCGAGCUAGAUAUGGUCUAUUCCGAGUCCGAGAGGCCGGGGGUGACGGCAUUGUUCGCGGGAAUGGUGGAUGAGGGCCGUACGAACGUUGAGUCGAAGGGGGUGAACGACGAGGGCGCCAUCGAGGACAAGAUUGCGGCGCGGCGCUUGGAGGCGAUGGACUUGGACUAG